CCCUUUCCACUUAAGGUCGUUGAGAUGGUGACGCGAUUGUGUCAAAAUGGCGUCCUACACUCCGUGGUUGAACGAAAAUGGGGCGCUUGUAGAAACUUCAGGCUCUGCGAUAUCACCGUCAAAAGAUUUCUUUCACAUUUUUCUCAGCCCAACAGAGCUAAUAUACAGAGUCUGGAAGAUCUUGCCUCCAACACGCCCAGACAGCCAUGCCCCACCAGUCCAAAUUCGAGAUACUUGGGAGGAAUUUAAGCAUGAUGAGAGGUUGCACAGUGAGAUCAUCCGUGUAUCUGGGGAAAAGACUUUACGGUACCUUGAAAACAUUAUGAAUGGUCAUCUGGACUACUUAAGUCGUUUACCCCAUAAGGUUCUGGUAAAAAUUAUCGUCAUGCUCCCUUUGGAAGACAUUUGCCAAUUGGCCAUGACUAACCAAUUUUUCAGAGAGCUUUGCAGAUCCAAUGAAGUGUGGGAGAAGAUUUACCUCAUUUACAACAAACAGCCUCUCAGCCAGGAACUACUCAUGCUUGUGGAGCUGAGGGGCUGGCGUGAAGUUUUCUUCACCAACAAACUGCAGCUACAGAUGCAGCUGCGUCGUCUGGCAACAAAAGGUGAAACAGCCUUCCUUACACAGGAGCCUGAUGAUGGCACCAAAACUUAGUUUGCAUGAAGACUUUAUCCCAUGCAUUUUGUUACAAAUUCCUCUAUUAAAUCUGCCACUUGAAGAUGAGUUCCACUGCACACAGGAACAUGAUGAUGGCAUGCAAAAUUAGCAUGCAUGAAAACCUUACCCUAAAUCAUCUUUGCUUUCACCUGAACUUGGAUUUGGACUUGAAUUUUGUUGCAUGUGUUUCAAACUUUUCUUUAUUUCUUGCCAUUUACAAGCAAAGAGAUCAGAAUUAUAGAUUAUGAUCAGACUUGUAAUAUCUAUUAGAUGACAUGCUUUCGUGUCCCUAUGAUAACAAAGAAUUAAAAAUGGUAUAAGAAACUUAGCAAGAAAACUGCAUGACAACGUAGAGAAUGUGUAGUUAUGUACAUAUAUUUUAAAAAUGCAAGUUUUUCAUAAAGAAUUUUAGCACAGGCUUUAUGACAUGGAUUGGGUAUUUCUUCUCCAUGUUGUAUAAUAGCGGAUAAAAUGAGGCUGAUGUUAGUUUAUUUUUUUCUGGUGAAAAAGUUUGUUAGGUCUGUUGAAAAAAUAUUAAGAGCAAAGGAAAGGUGACUAUGAACAUUUUUUUUGUUUUGACAGAGAGGACAAGUAUUGUUUUGAUUGUUGAAACAUCUAUUUCUGAAGUGAGAUUUUCUAAGAGUUUAGAUAAACCUAUCUUGUUCACUCAGUAUAUUGAAUACUGUCAUGAUGUUAACUGCAGUGCAUGCAUUUAUCUUCAAAUCCUGCUGUGUGAAGUAGCCCUUGUUUUUUACUGUUGAUGUUGAAGUUUUUAUUGCUCUUAAUGGUUGUUUUUUUUUUAAAAUUACAAUAAUAGAUCAAAUCAGUGACAGGUAUGCUUGCAAGUAAACGGAUUAAAUUUUUGUCACAAGAUCCCCAUUCUUUUACACACUCACACACAUAGCAUUCAAGCAUACACAAAAUGUGCAUCAUAAGCUUAUCACCUUAGAGUAGAUUUUAAGUAGAACUAAACUAUGUUGCACAAAAUACUGAAUAACAUUUUGUUAUUUUGUAGACAUCAAUUAAUGGUAAAUAUCAUAAUUUUGCAAGUAUUGUUUUAUACUGUUGGUUAAACCUAUACUAAUUUUAGUUACAGCCUUAUAUUAUAAACACUUUGGAAUGGUUUAAAUGCCAUUAACACUUAACACUAUGUGUCAGUCAAAAAAUAUUUGGCAUUUUUUGAGGAUUGGUGAAACUUGUACUGUUUAAAACACUUUUUAAGACUUACAUCUUUAUUGCUUUAGUAUUUUUUUUGCUGUUGUACUAUCAAUAUAUUUGUACACAGAUGGUAAUUUUUUUUAAUGAAAGGGAUUUAUUGUCAGUUUAACCAAUAACUAAUAACAGUGUAGCUCAUUUGCCAAACAAUAUCUGUGAUCAGGCAUGUAUUAUAUCUAUCCUGGACUUCCAUUUGGAAUAUCCCAUAUAUCGUGCUUUAUGUACUAUGAUUUUUACAGCGGUCAUUAAUUUUUUAACACUUUUCUUUGUUCAUAUAUUUAGUCUGAUUAACAAUUUUUUUACUGUAUGUUUUAUUACAUGCAAGUAACAUUUUGGCUUUACUAGUUUACAAUGAACUUUGUGCCUUUCUCCAUUUUGCAGGUUUUAUUAGCCAAUGUUAAAUGUAACCUUUAAAAGAUGUAUUAUUGAUUAGAAGAAUACCAUUAGAUGGUAGCAUGAAUAGCAUGAAGAAUACCAUUAGAUGCAGCAUGAAGAAAUAUUUCUGCUUCAGUGUUGAUCUAAUUAUUGUUUAACAUUCAUAUGAUCCAUUUUAUUACUGACUAUAUUUUAUGGUCGACAUAGAUGCAGCUGAAUGGAAGAUCUUAACACUGUUUGUUACUGUGAGAGUGACCAAUCUGAAACAUCAUCUUCUGAUGGUGUGGGUUAGUGAGCACAUUGUUAAGUUCCUAUCACUGAUAUCGAUCUGACAAGUACUUUAUAAUGAAACACUAUAACAGAUUGUGCAGUUGCUUGUGGACAGCUGUCAUCCCUCCAUGUAUUAAAAACUGUCAGUUAGAACGUCUGGUGAACAUUGUUUUAGUUCACAGUAAGAAUUAUAAAGUUAAAUAAAUGGUCUUACAGCAAGAGCUAA